AUGGGAAAUUAUUGUAUAACAGAGAUGACAAUUGAAGAGGAUAACGAAGCAUUUGCUAAAUCAAGUGUUUAAGCUAGUAAUUUGAAUAAAAUUUUUUCAUCAAAAUAUAAAAUGGAGGCUGAUGAAGACUGCCUUUCAGAAUUAAUUAAUUAAAUUGAACCUGGGUUUAGUGCAUAAUUUGAGAUCAGAAAAAAGAGAAAUAUGAGUGGUACACAUUUUGAAUCAGCCACUUAAUAUAAAGAUGGCAAUUAAAAAUUACUCAAACCUUCGCUUAAAUAAAUUUCCCAUGUUAAUUCUCUUCAGAGAGAACAUAGUAAUAAAACAGUUAGAUGGGACAGUUAGUGUUACUCAUCUGAUUCUCUUAAAUAAUGA